AUGUACGCAAAAAUUGAAACCGAAAGAUUAGUUUAUAUACGAUCUAAUCAAAGGCAGCUGCGCGCUGAAGAAUACGUGCACCUUCGCGACGCCGUGCAGCAAGAUAAUGAUACGGUGAAUAUGGGCCGUUUAGUUAUUUUACCCUCUUCUUUUACUGGUGGUCCACGCUACAUGCACGAACGUACUCAAGAUGCUUUUUGUUACGUAAGAAAAUAUGGACGUCCUGACUUAUUUAUUACUGUAACUAGCAAUACCAAGUGGGAUGAAAUCACUCGGGAGCUUAUUGAGGGUCAAGCACCGCAUGACAUGAUAUUAUCGCAAGAGUUUUUCAUUUAA